GUCGAUAAAGUUUUGUAUCCCGCUAGAUUGCAAAAGAAAUCAUUUCCAAAUAGUGAGAGAUCUGUAAAAGUUCAACAUAGAUCACGAUCUCGUUCACGAGUAUCUCGUUCUGUUAAAGAAUCAGGAUAUAGAACGGAUGGCUCAGUAGUAUCCGAUAAAAGCAUGAAAAGAAGAAAAUCUCGAGCACCUUCAACUUCAGCAAGAACAAAUGAAAAUUUUGAUAUCGACUUAGAUCUCCGUGGCCUUCAAUUGAGUACAGCAGAACCAUCGUCAUCAGUAAAGCUUACAAAGAAGAAUGUGACUUUAAUGGCGCGAAAAAAUGAUACAAAUAACAACACAAAUAAUAAUGCAUUAUCAAAAGGCGGUAAAAUGAGACCAAUGGUGUUAAAUUUAGAGCUGAAUCGACGAUUGCUCGAACAUAAAAUGGAUCUGAAUGGGAAAAGUGGAAGCUCUUUAGCAACAUCAUGUAAAUUAGGCUUUAAAGGAUUCAAAUCAAGUCAGUCGUUUCAAGAACUGACAGCGUCAUCAAGAAUCAUGGCACCAUCAUGGACAGCUGAAGAGAAAGUUUCAUCAAAAUCAUCUCUUGUGAAAUAUGCAAAAUCACUUCCUCGUACUAUAAAAUCGAGACGAUCAUCAGUCGCUAGUCGAGCGGGUUCUGUACGAAGUGUAGCGUCGACAAUAUCCCGCAUGAAACGUGCCACAACUCCAGCAGUCAUUAAGAAUAAUGAAUAUGUUGUUGCUCAAGUCGCCGAAAUCACAAAUUCUUUGGCAAAGUGCAGCAUAAGUGCAGCUAAAAAUUCUCGAAGUUUAAAAGUUACUAAAGUUAUUCCCACAACAAGUUUAAAGAAGAAAAAGGCUAUAAAUAAAAGAAGAAGUAAGAAAAAGGAUGGCAAUGAAGCUUUGCCGGUAGCAGAAGAUCAUAAGCUGCCACUCAAGAAACGUCAUUAUUUGAUAACUGAUGAGAAAACUUCAAAUGGUAAUGUUGUGAAACGUAAACGCUUAAAAAAGGUUGCACCGCCUGGAAUAUUUGAACCAACUGAAGAACAUAAUGACGAUGUUCCUGUUUUCACACCUCCUGUUUUCAAUAUCAUGUCGGCAGCACCUGAGUUACAGCCAAAAGAAUCUCCCCAAUAUACCGCUGAUAAUAUUCUCCAAAAGAUGGAAAAUGUUGGCACAAAACGAAAACGACGACGAGCCAAUCGAACUGGUUUUCCAACACCGAAACGUCCCAAAAAGAAAACGAUAAUCCCUGAUAAUGUCAGUGAGUCAUCGAGUGUUGUGAUCCAGAAGCGAAUGAAGAAAUCCAAACCCACAUCUGAAAAAAGUUUUCAAAGUCUUUCAUUGCGUCAAUUACAAUUGAAACAACAAAAGGAAAUGGUUGAGCUAAAAACUAAUCAACAAGGAUUGUUAUCAUCAUCAUUAUCAACAUCACCGUCAACAAGAACGAUUCGUGCUCGAGCGAAGUCAGUUUGCCAUGUUAAAAGCUCAUCAAAUAUAUCACCGCCAUUAGUGACACCAAUCUUGAAGAGAAAACAACGACGUCAAACAAUUUUUGUUGAGCAUAAAGAUUUAAUUACAACACAAAAAGUGGAAGAAGAGGCUAAUACGGAUAAGACAGCAAAAAAGCGAAAACGACAUAUGAUCUUAGAGCAAGAAACGACAAGUGUAGAGAUAAAGAAGACGAAAACAUCUGAAUGUCCAAUAGUUAAGCUAAUACCAAAGAAUGUUUAUAACGGCGACACUCAGAGGCGUGCAUUUGUUGGAAGUCUUAAAGGUACAAAAUGUCGGUGUGCUCCAAAUCCUUGCGGGGAAUCUUGCCUGAAUCGAUCGAUGUUCAUUGAAUGCGACCUUGGAAUUUGUGGUAAAAAUUGUACAAAUACUGCUAUUCAAACAGGCGGUUUAUUAAACAAAGACGUUGAGAAAUUCAAGACAGAACAGAAAGGUUUUGGCGUUCGAACAAAGAAAGACAUUCCAAAGAAAACUUUAAUUCUUGAAUAUACUGGCGAAGUACUUUUUCUUGAGACAUUUCGGCAACGAAUGCAGACAAUUUAUAAGAGUGAUCAACAUCAUUAUUGUUUAGAGUUGACUGGUGGGUUAGUACUUGAUGGUCACCGUUUGGGUUCAUUAUGUCGUUACGUUAAUCAUUCUUGUAAGCCAAACUGUGGAAUGGCCAAAAUUUAUGUUGACGGUUUGCCACGAAUGAUAUUGCAAGCUGAAGAAGACAUUCCGGCUGGGACAGAAUUAACUUAUGAUUACAAGUUUGACAAUUUUGAGGACAUGACGCCUCAACAAUGUUUCUGUGGAGCUGAUACAUGUAGAGGCACUUUAAGUGCACAGCUAAAAGCGCCAAGAAGAGCGAGUUUAUCAUUGAAAGAAUGUGGUGAUAUUUUCGUGAAACGUGGUGGAAGGAAAGAACGAAUUGCAUCGACUUGUAACAAAGCCAACUCUUGUUUCUUAAUGAGAAAUCUGAGAAGAGUUGAAAAGCAUCAUCCUGAUCUUAUGGCUUAUUACCGGAAUGUCAACAAUCGUCUUGAUGACGAUCCAAAAAUUGGCUUUGCGUUUGUUUCAAAAAGUCAUGAGAAUUCACCACCUGCGACUCUUCUUGAUGCACGCAAAGAUAAUGACGAUUCGACAAUAUUAAAAAAUAAUGAGAUUGAAACAAAUCCAAUUGUCGUUUCUCAGCCAUUGUCAGAACAGUCUCAAGUUUUGUGGCAACUUUGUGAACGAUUAGAGAAAGAUCAUGGAUCAGAGAUUGCUGAGAUAACAAUUCCACCCCCACCAAUGACCACGAAAAGCGUCGGAUUUUCCAAUCAUGACAGAAUAUCACUGCCAAUUUCAUUUGAAAAUAUCAAAGAAAAUGUUAAAAUGGGACAUUACGACCUUCAUCCGCUUUUAUUCCACUACAACAUUAAAAUAUUUUUAGAUAACGCUGCGAAAUUUUGGGGCGUUAAUUGUCCUAAAUUCACAUCUAUGAAUCUUCUGAAAGAUGCUUAUAAAAGCAUCAGAACUGAAAUGAUUGAUGAGAUUACGCGUGUGUGGAGUGACGAAUUUUUCGUAAAUGCCAUGAUGGAUAAAGGAAUUAAGAAGCCGCCAAAGAAUCGUAAGAAAGUCAUCGAGCGUCAAAACGACGAAGAAGACAUUGUGAAUUGCCAUUGUGGGAGAUUUCUUGAAGAGGGUUUAAUGAUUCAAUGUCAGCAAUGCCUUACAUGGCAACAUGUUGAUUGUUCGGGUACUGACGGUAAAUCGGAAGAUUACAUUUGUUCAAAAUGUGAUGGUAAACCACCACAAAUGGAAAUAUUGAAGAAGGAUGAGACAACUGCUGAUGGACAUCAAUGUUACUUAACUUUAAUGCGUGGUGAUCUUCAGUUACGUGUUGGCGAUGCAGUUUACGUUUUGCGAGAUAUUCCAAUUGAUGCAACGAAUUCUGGUGGACCAAGACACACGUACGAAACGAUUGGAAAAGUUAAUUACACAGAAUGCGAUAUUGUAAGAGUCGAAACACUUUACAAGGACAAUAACGGAGAAGCUCAUGUUCUUGGACAUCAUUAUCUUCGACCUAAUGAGGUUUAUCAUGAACCAUCGAGAAAAUUUUACACGAAUGAACUUAUGAGAACUUCGAUAUUUGAAUCAAUUCCAACAAAUCUUGUAAUCGAUACAUGUUGGGUGUUAGAUCCAACAACAUAUUUCAAAGGUCGACCUAUUAAUAGUAUCGAAGAGCACGUUUAUAUAUGUGAAUAUAAAGUGGACAAAGCGGCUCGUGUCUUCAGUGUUAUCAAGAAAAGCAGUCGUCAUCCAAUCAGCACCAAACCUUAUGCGUUCUACAAAUUUGAGGAACAACUUCGUCAAAAACGAAAUCAUUUGCCUCAUGAAAUUGAUCACGUGGUGCCAAAGAAAAUUAAGAAAGAUCAUCUAGGACCGAAGAAAAAGCAACCGGAAAAUGAAAGCAAAGUAGUGUGGUCACCGUUGCCUCUUAAUCGUCGUGUUCGAAAAUCUUUAUCUAUUAAAGAAAAAAUGAAAAAACUCGAAAGUUGCCUUCAAAAAUUGAACUCCAGAAGCGGAAAUGUAACUGAGAAGCCAAAAGGAGUCACGGAGAAAUCGAAGGAUUCAAAUAAACAUGAUAAGAAUAAUAAAUUUAUGUCAGAAGAAGCAAAACCUGCAACAAAGAAGGAUAAAGUAAUAAAAAAUGUUGUAAAGGCGAAGAGAAAGCCAGGACGACCAAGAAACAAAAAUAAUUAAAAAUUAUUAGCAAUAAUGCCAUAAAUGAUGUCGAGAUUAAUAAAGUUUAAUAGUUUUCAUAUAAUUUUCUUUAAUUGUUCUUUUUUUUCUUCUCCAAUUAAAAAAUGUACAAAGUAAGGUGAUAAAAAAUGAAAAAUAAAUUCUGACAUGUAUUU